CGAGAAGGCACAUGACGCGGAAUGAUGAGGCGAUGUCGUGCAGGCUCGUCGUAAGCAGGUUCUGCAAGAUAAGACGAACAUGAACAGGCCAGCGAGGAUUCUCCAUGUGUCUAAGUUCGCUUCCUGCGCGCUUCCGGGAGCGCGUGCUGCCGGGGCGAAGCUUUCCAGACGAACAAUCGAACCACAUAGUCUGCAACGCAAUAUCGGAGAACAUGCUGCAAUGGUCAUGUGAAAGAUAUCAAGAUACACCCAUCACGCGGCCGGUCGCGACCUCCACUUGUGGCGUCGGCUCCGGCGCCUCAACCCAUAACCAUGACUUGACGGCAUCUUGCCUCGCUUGCAGCCCAUGCGUGCGCGAACUCGCGAAGCUCCUUACCCCAUGAUGCACCCGAGGAUUAUCAUGGCCUGCAGCUGCUUUCUCGGCAGGCCUCCGACGUAUAAAGACUCCCCCGACUGCUGCUGCCAUUCCUCAGGUCCCUCGCCUCCCUCGACUCGACAGCCUCACAGCACCUUCGACUCGACAGCACCUGCACCACCAUGUUCGUCUCUACCCUCUUCAUCCAGGCUCUCCUCGCCGCGACUGCCCUUGCGCUGCCGUCCUCCACGGAGCGCCACGACACCCGCCUCGCCCGUCGUGCCCGCGGCCUGCGCUCGUCGCACCCCAAGAUCACCAACGAGACUCACACCGAGUACAGCGAGAACUGGGCCGGCGCCGUCUUGAACUCGGGCGCGGACACGUACAAGAGCGUCACCGCGACGUUUACGAUCCCGACGCCGAAGGAGCCCUCGGGCUCGUCUGGCUCGCACGCUGCAUCCGCCUGGGUCGGCAUCGAUGGCGACACCUGCGACACCGCCAUCCUCCAGACCGGCCUCGACUUCACCAUCGAUGGCGGCGAGGUGUCCUUUGACGCCUGGUAUGAGUGGUACCCGGACUACGCGUACGACUUCUCGGGGAUCAGCUUCAGCGUCGGCGACAGCGUCACGCUGACGGUGACCGCGUCGAGCACGACGUCGGGCACGGCCGUCAUCACGAACAACAGCAAGGGCAAGACCGUCACGCAGAAGAUCACGUCCGGGAGCGCGCUCUGCGAGCAGGACGCGGAGUGGAUCGUCGAGGACUUCGAGGAGGGCGACUCGCUCGUGCCCCUCGCCAACUUCGGCACCGUCACCUUCACCGGCGCGUCCGCCAAGACCGGCUCCGGCUCCGUUGGCCCCUCGGGCGCGAACACGAUCGACAUCCAGCAGGGCAACAGCGUGCUGACGUCCGUCUCGACCUCGGGAUCGAGCGUCACCGUCUCCUACACGUAAGGCGGCGAAAAGGGUGUGGGGGCUUCUGUUGGAAGCAGGGAGCUGGAAGGGGGAAAGGAAGUGGUUUGGAAGUGUACGAUAUUGACUGUAUUCCCCGCGCUAGAGGGGCCGACGCUUGUUGUGCACCUUUUGUAUCGCUCUCGGAGAUUGGAACGUAAUUGUGCUUGUGGAUUAGGCUGUCCCGCAAGGAC